AUGGGUGACGUUCAGGGCAUGUCGAUGCUUGACGGUGGAUCCAUGGAAGAUGCAGUUAGAUUAGAGGACGAGACGUAUUACAGGCGGAGAUCGCAGUUUUUAACUACGGCAAGACCAACGUUGUUCGUCAAUCCGUUCGACACGUUUUUAGAGGACACCGAUAAAAUGUUAUCGGCCGAAUAUUUGGGUAACUUUUUCGAAGUCAUGCCCACUCAUACGGAGAGCAGCGACAUCCAUAAAACAGCCAUUUUCGAAAUAAAAACGAACAGCGCUACGUUGGUGAUGAACGCUUCCUUGAACGCCACAGAAUCCGCUUUCGUACCGGAAUUAUUUUACAGACAUUCCAUGGCGAUGACCGCCGUUUAUUGUGUCGCAUAUUUAUUGGUGUUUGCCGUAGGACUUGUUGGUAAUUUUUUUGUAAUUGCUGUCGUUUUCCGAUCGCCACGUAUGCGCACGGUGACGAACUUUUUCAUUGUUAAUCUCGCAGUCGCUGAUAUAUUGGUGAUUGUUUUUUGUCUGCCGGCCACGCUGAUGUCCAACAUUUUUGUCCCUUGGGUUUUGGGUUGGUUGAUGUGCAAAACCGUUCCGUACAUUCAAGGAGUCUCCGUAGCAGCUUCGGUCUACAGCCUCAUUGCCGUUUCACUGGACAGAUUCCUUGCGAUAUGGUGGCCGUUGAAAUGUCAAAUAACGAAACGCCGCGCCAGAAUCAUGAUAAUAUUCAUCUGGUUCAUCGCCUUGACCACCACCAUCCCCUGGGCGAUAUUCUUCGACCUGGUGGUGAUCUUCAGCGAUGCCCCCGACGUCCAACUCUGCAUCGAAGUCUGGCCCGAUUCCCUGAACGGAGCCCUUUACUUUCUGAUCGCCAACAUGGUAUUUUGUUACAUCCUGCCCAUGAUUCUCAUCACCAUGUGCUACGUCCUGAUCUGGAUCAAGGUUUGGAAGAGGAACAUUCCGACGGACACAAAGGAUGCGCAGAUGGAACGGAUGCAACAGAAGUCGAAGGUCAAAGUUGUUAAGAUGCUGGUGGCCGUCGUUAUUCUAUUCGUGUUAAGCUGGCUUCCAUUGUACGUCAUAUUCGCACGGAUCAAACUAGGGGGUGACAUAGAAUCAUGGGAAGAGGAGAUACUUCCCAUCGCAACGCCAAUUGCCCAAUGGUUGGGCGCCUCCAAUUCCUGUAUUAAUCCGAUUUUGUAUGCGUUUUUUAAUAAGAAAUACAGGAGAGGAUUCGUGGCUAUAAUUAAGAGCCGCAAAUGCUGCGGUCGAUUAAGGUAUUAUGAGACAGUAGCUAUGAUGUCUUCCUCCACCAGUAUGAGGAAAAGUUCGCAUUUUUACAACAAUAAUUCUUCCACGAGACGAAUCCCUCCUGCACAAGACGCCGCAGUCUCAUACAUUUACAACAAUACUGGCGUGUAA